GUCAACAUCGGCGCUCAAGUCGUUUUCCCAAGUAAAUUCGCGCACGUGCGCACUUUUUUAAAUUUAAACCAACAGUUAAGUGUUUGUUUAAAUCUGUCAAGAUAAAUAAAGUGUUUUAUUAAUUAAAUAAUUACUAUUAUUAUAAAACAAUCAAGCAGAUUUGUGUUUGAUUGCGUGAUUUUUUUGAAUAUUUAUAAAUAAUAUAUAUUUAAACGAUUUCAUGGGGGUGGUAGGCGGAGAGUGCGCGGUCAAAGGUACCGGCGUUAAAAGCCAUCCCUGUCACUGUUGCAGCAGUACUCGUAUAUCAACUAACGUUGGACCGAGCGUUGUUAUACAAGUACAAAAUAAACAUAGACGUAGCACACGUAAAAGUACUUGUUGUAAUAAUAAUAAUAAUAAUAAUAACAAUAUUAAUAACAGUAAUAAUCAUCAAGAACAAUUUAAUCAAGAACCAGAUAUACCAACAGUUAUUCCUAAUAGUCCUACGAAAACUUCAACGGAUAAUAUCUUAGCUCCAUUAAAAAGCAAAAUGAAAGUGCUUAAAAAACUUAAAAAGAAAAUGGGAUUAGCACCGAGAUCCUCAAGUGCCGGUACAAACAAUUUGCCUCCCUUGACAUUUCAUCAGGUGCACGGUGAUAAUAUAAGUUUAUGUAAUAGUGCUACUAUUGCCAGACGCCAUGAGAGUUUUUGCAAAGGAAUAACAUUCAGUGCACGUCCAGUUCGCGUUGGUGAAAAGGUAUGCGUUAAAUUCUUGGAGAUGUCAAACAACUGGAGUGGCGUAAUACGAUUCGGUUUCACAAGCAACGAUCCGAUUCACUUAAGAAAUGGAUUACCACGUUAUGCCUGCCCGGAUUUGACGAAUAAACCUGGCUAUUGGGCGAAGGCACUGGCUGAACGGUUCGCUGGACGUGACACCGUUCUAUUCUAUUACGUAACAGCUGCUGGUGAUGUUCACUUUGGCGUGAAUGGCGAGGAAAAAGGCGUAUUUUUUAGCGGGGUCGAGACACGUGGACCACUUUGGGCUGUAAUUGACGUCUAUGGUAACAGCACUGCCAUUGAAUUCUUGGAUCCAAAUCGGCAACAUUUCAAUAACAUAAGACGUGGAGUUGAACACAGCAAUGAAGACAACGCACAACCGAGUCGUCACACGGCCAUGGAUGAUGCCAGCAAUGCGGGCCGCGAUAUUGUUGAGAAAAUAAUUGUACCGUCCAUGCAAAAUAUGUGUCUACAUCAUGCCACCGAACCGGAUGUAGACCUCCCUGGACUCAGAUUUCAACCAUCAGGUGUUCUGUUUGCACCACUUCCGUUCCACCCAGUACGUGGCCGGAACAUCCGUUUCAGUAAUCAGCAAUGCGUAGCAACACGCAAUGAUACAGAGUUCUGUCACGGUUAUGCUUUUACAAAUCGUCCAUUGAUACUGGGCGAGCGUCUAGUCGUACAAAUACUCUCCACGGAACCGAUGUACGUUGGAGCAUUAGCCUUAGGAUUGACCUCAUGUGACCCAGCAAGAUUGACCGCCGAAGAUCUUCCUGAUGACAGCGACCUCCUGUUAGAUCGUCCGGAAUACUGGGUCGUUUCAAAGGACGUUGCCUCGUCACCACAACCAGGCGAUGAAAUCGCCUUCACUGUUACUCACUACGGCGAAGUUCAAAUGUCGAAAAAUGGCGGUCCACCAAAUAUCGUGAUGCACGUUGAUCAGAGUCUACAACUCUGGGCAUUUGUUGAUGUCUAUGGCAGCACCCAGCGUGUAAGAAUGUUAGCAAGUCGUCCAUCUUCACCACCACGUCAACGUCAAUCAAAUCCUGUAGCUCCUAGUCCAGCUGUAACUGCCCCGACUUCGGUAACUCCAGCGCCAAAUCAUCCAGCAAAUCAACAUCCAGCUACCACACAUCCAACAAACCAACAUCCUGCUAAUCAGCACCCAACACAUCAAGGACAUGGUACAGAAUUGACCAGAUUCACAGACAUGGUUCAAUUUAAACCAACUGUUGGUGGUGGUACAGUUCUGGUUGUUAAUUUACCACCUCAGCAAAAUUAUCCACCAGCUUCACCACCAAUUUACGGCACCACUACCCGCUCACCAGGAUUUUAUCCCAGUGGUUCUGGUCAAGGACCCAGUCCAGCUGGACCAGCUUCUGCCGCAGCAGCUCCAGUGGCUGCUUCAACACCUCGUCAGUCACCACCAGUUCUUACUGGUACUAUGAGCAGCACUGGGUCAUCAACGUACGUCGAUCCAGUAACUUAUCAAACUGUAGACGCAACUCUUACCCUCCAAGGAACUGGCCAUCAAGGCAACAGCCAUCUUCAACAAUGGAGCGAAAAGUUGCAGCCGACUCCCGGUCAACCCAGCGAGUGUUCCAUUUGCUACGAGCGUAACAUCGACAGUGUUCUCUAUAUGUGCGGGCAUAUGUGUAUGUGCUAUCCCUGCGCGAUACAGCAGUGGAGAGGUAAAGGCGGUGGACAAUGUCCACUUUGUAGAGCCCCCAUUAGAGACGUUAUCAGGAUCUACCGAUCUUGAACUAUUAGUUCUUAUUUUAACGAAAAUAAAUAGACUAAUUGUAUUUUGUUUUUUAUGUGAUUGGAAUGAUUGGAUGCUUGCUAGUAUUAUGGGUCGCGCUGGCGUGAUACGUUUGUAAUUUUCCCGGGUAAAUUUAAAACAAAUUUUUUUUGAGUCAAUUGUGUGCUUCCUCCAGCUCAUAUACUGUCAUUGCGAUUUUUUAAAUUUUACCGCCACUUUAUUUUGAUGCGCAGUAGGUCUUUAAGAUGCGCACUACAUAAUUUAUAUGCGCAGUGUCUAUUUAUAGAUGCGCAGUACAUAUUUGAUGUGCGCAGACCAUAUUUAUAGAUGCGCAGUAGAUAUUUAAUAUGCGCAGACUAUAAAUAUGAAUGCGCAGUAGAUUUUAUGUACUCGUACUCUUAAAAUGAUGAUGCGCAGUAAUUAUUGUGGAUACAAAAAUAAUUUCUAAGACCAUAAAUAUUUACAAAAUCAAAUGCGUAUUAAAAAAACAAAUCAAAAAGAAAAAAUUUAAAAAAUUUCGCAUAUCAACGCGAUUUUCUCUAGUAUUUUUCAUUUAAAUCGCGAGAGAGAAUGUGAGAGACUGAGUCUAAGGCUCUGAACUGGCGGGAAAUGAACAAAAUAAUAAAAUUUAAUUGUUAAAGAGACUAAGAAUAAACGAUUAUGUACAUUAAGUAAAGCGAUAUAGAUAGUGACAACGAUUUAUGCCAAAAUAUUUAACUUUUUUUUUUCUUUAAUUUUUUUUGUAUUCGUACUCUUAUUACUUUUUAUUUUUAAGGUUUUAUUUUACACGCGACUACGUUUGAUGGCAUUAAUUAAUUUCUUUUCUUUCUGAUAAUAAAGACAUACCAAAGACAUUUUCCGUAACUUACAAUAGUAAUUAAGAAAAUAAUUUUUUUUCUAUAAUUCUUUUUGUAAUCAAAAAUUAUGGGAAAAAAUUAUCAAUUAAAUUUUUUUUUCAUUAAAAAUUUGGUGCCUUGAAUUUUAAAAAAAUCAUACAACUGCUUCAUAACAUUUAUGACAAAACGCACGAAUUUUAUGACUAAAAAAAAUAAUACGAAACAUAAUAAUAUUAAUAAUAGAUAAAUAAUAAAUAAUUAGUUAAUAAUCAUACUAAAUAAUAAUGUCGCGUUUAUUUAUAAAAAUUUUUUUUAAAUCAUAAGCACGCAAUAAACAAUAAAUGAGCAUGUAGUGAAAUCUCUAGUCCAGCAAAUUAAAAAUUUAUAAAAAAAAAUUUCAAAGCCUUGAUAAAAUUUUUCAAAAAUUUAUUUUAAAAAUUUGGCUUUUAUAUUUCGGAUUAAUUAAAAAUUUUAUAUAUAUAUCAGAUACAAAAUUAAAAAUAUAUAUAUAUAUAUUAUAUGAUAAUUAAUAAUUAAUAAUUAAUGAUUAAUAAUUAAAAAAAUUUAUUUUUUAUUAAAUAAUUUUGCUUGUAACCCGUCCUAUGCAUUAUAAUUUAAAAAAAAAUUAAACUAUUAAUUAUUAAUUAUUAAUUUUUAAUUGCAAAAUUAAUUGUGCGCUUAGUUUAUAAUUUUUUGUAAUAUAUUAGUAAUUAAAUAAUUAAUAAAUAAACAACU